CCAGGCCGGGAGGGCGGGGCCGGCGUCUGUGUGUUCCUGCUACAGGGACACCAAGAUGGAAAUGCAGGGGCUCUUUGCGGCCCAAAACACACAACAUCAACAACAUGGCGUCUCCUGCAGGGAGAAGCUGUCUCGGACAGCUCGCGAUGCAUCUAGACCGGCGGAAAACGAAGCGGAUCUGUUCCAUCGGGGCCCCCUUGGUAAGCAGUCAGUUGAGCCUCUCUUUCGCCCGCUGACGCAACAUGGCUGCAGUGGUUUGUUCUCAACUCGGGGCAGCUGUAGUAGUGGCAGCGCGGCAGUACAAACCUACGCGGCGAUCGGCCUGCGAAACGUGAAUGCUUUGCCGUUGCCAAAUGGUAAAGGACGGGAAGAAAAAGAGGGUGAACUGAAGGCGGAUUUUGACAAUGACGAUACGGGAAUUCAACUGGCUUUUCCUGUGCUGCUGGUAGAAGACGGCCACACGCAGUCACAGCAGCUCUUACGGCAGUUGCAAGAUGGCGCUCCGUUGCCUUCCGCGCAGAUACGCGAGAGUGCCGUGGCGUUGACUCCCAUCGCUAAGGACAAUGAGGAGUUUUACGUGGUUGUUAAUGUGGUUCAGGAGGGAGACCGCAGCUACAGGAAAGAAGCGGGACGAGGGAUUCCUAAGGUCAAGGAUCCUGUCGCAAUGCACGAUGUGUCGAAGGAUGUGACAGAAGCGCCCAUAGCGGAAAUUAACUCGGAAAGCGAGGCAGUAGACUACAGACGCGGACUGGGCUCGGUCACCACUUCAACCUGCCAGUCCAGCAGCUCGGAGGGCAGCCGGGACACAGCAGUACAAGGACCGCCCUUCAAGCAUCGGGCCGGCUGUUUUGUCUUCGCGUCUGAUUCGGUGGACAGCGAUCUUACCGCCAGUUCGCAGCCCAGCCCGUUACCCGAUGACAGCAGCAGCAGUCGCAGCCAACUGGAAAUCCCACCAGACUUCCAGCAGACCACGAGUCGCUGCCGGGGAACAAACUCUGCUCUUGUAGAGCCAGCUCAGAAUGGCAAUCAGCUCUAUAACACAUUCAUGGAGAAUAGUCCGGACACCGGCAUGCCAGAUUAUCCGUCUCCCCAAACAGGGGACACCUUUUCUGGCACUAUCGCCAUCAACAACCAGAACCUCGUUCUUACGAUAGAAAACGGGGUUCUGACUUUAUCCGCAUCUCCGGACGGUGGCGUCCACAUUCUGCAACAACAUCAUCAAUUGAAGGAAUGUGCCCAAAUUAAGGACCAGCUACUACUAAAGAACGAGCGACAUCCCGGUGACAGGGACACGAACAUCAAAGUAGGUGAGCAAAGAAAAAACAACGAAUGUGGUGACAGUGCACCUUCUGGGCAUGACUCUAACCCAAACGUCAAUGGUGACUCGGCCUUCUCUGAUUCCAUCGCUACCAAGGCAUCUAGUAAGGAAGUGCCAGACGGGACUUUAUUCUGCGCCCUAUCGGAGUCCGAUAUGAUCUGUGCAGAGGCCAAGGAGGACCUACACAGCAGUUUUGUCCUAACAGAGAACGAGGAAUUGCAAAUGGCUACCAUGUCCAAAAAGGGGGUCGUCGUUCUGUAUCACUGCACACAGUCAAACUGCAGCCUGGCGUUUGACACGAAGCAUAAGUUGAAGCUUCACCUGCUUUCCCACACUGAGGAUAAGAGACCCUUCAAGUGCACCGUGGAGGGCUGCAGCUGGUCAUUUACUACGUCGUAUAAACUCAAGCGCCACUUGCAGUCCCACGACAAAACGCGACCCUUCACUUGCGAUUGGGACAGCUGCGGCCGAAAGUUCACCACAAUUUACAACUUAAAGGCACACGUGAAAGCCCACGAGCAGGAGAGUAACUUUGUGUGCGACGUGUGCAGCGAGCGCUUUCGCACCUCCACCAAACUGACCAUCCACCAUCGGAGUCACUUUGAACCAGAGAGGCCUUACAAGUGUGAAUUUCCAGGUUGUGAGAAGACAUUCAUCACAUUUAGCUCAUUGCACUCUCAUAGUCGAGCACACUACAGAGAAACUGACCAGUUUUCCUGCACCUUCCCAGGCUGUGAUAAACGCUAUGAUAAAGCUUGCCGACUGAAAAUUCACUUGAGAAGUCACACUGGUGAGAGACCAUUCAUGUGUGACUUUGAAGCUUGUGGAUGGUCAUUCACCAGCAUGUCCAAGCUGCUCAGACACAAGAGAAAACAUGAUGAUGAUCGAAGAUUCACCUGCCCAGAAGAAGGCUGUGGGAAAUCCUUCACUCGAGCAGAGCAUUUGAAGGGCCAUAGUAUAACUCAUUUGGGAACAAAACCAUUUGAGUGCAAUGUGGAUGGCUGUUUUGCCAAGUUUUCUGCACGAAGUAGCCUCUAUAUCCAUUCCAAAAAACAUUUGCAAGAUGUGGAGUCUUUAAAAACUAAUUGCCCCAUAGCCAGCUGCAAUAAGCAGUUUAUCUCUAAAAGUAGCAUGAAGUCCCACAUGGUUAAACACCAUAACCUUGGACCAGAUCUUCUAAACCAACUGGAAAUAAACUCUUUAACACCAAGCAAUGAAUUGACCCAAGGGGACCUUGCUAACAUUGAUAUUACUUCACUCUUUUCCAGUGUGCCUGGAAGUGCUUCUGCAAUCACUAUGGACAUGUCACUAGUUAAUUCUGGGAUACUGACAAUCGAUGCUGCUUCUGUGGGUGCCACUCUGGGAGGGAGCAUUUCUGUUAGUGGCAAUACUUUGACCCAAACGGUGGAUCCUCUUAUACUGGCGGCAGGACCAGACAUCUCCCAUGCUCUUGACAAUACCUUGGCACUUGGCACCAGCAGUACAGUUUUACAACCUAGCACCCUUAACCUAGAUGAUGUGCCAACAGUAAAUGCAGAGGCCCUAGGCUCUCUUGCUGCUCUGUCUGUAAGGACCGCAAACCAAGAUCCGCUGCAUGGGUUGACAUCCAACAACACACUUGCCAUUGACACAGCCACAUUGACCCCUUCGAAUAACUUGGGAGUGAGCCAUGUGCCAGAGCUGCUCACACCAACAAAAGCAGAACGAAAUCUUCUACCAAGUGCAGAUGUUGUUGGGCAACAAGAUAAUAGCAAAGUGGUGACACAGUUUGUUUUCUCGAACCCCACUGGGAGUUUCAGUGCCCAAAAAGACAUAGAUCUAAACUCCGUGGCUAACUGUUCCUUUCUGGAGCGUGGAGGUUCUGCUAGAACAGAUUAUAGAGCCUUUCAGCUUGCUAAGAAGAAAAAGAAGCAGAAGGUAUCUGGAACAAGCCAGGGAGCUCCUCUUUCAAGCCAGAAGAAAGCAAAAACGAGCAAAGGAAAUUCUACUCCAGUAGCCACUGUUAACUCAAGUGGUCAGUUUGGUGUGGGUGUUGUAUCACCAAACACUGGGUUAACAAUCAGGGAUCCAGCAACAGGAGCUCAGUUUGUUCAAAUUCAGUUGUUACAGGAUGACCCUUCAGGAGAUGGAGACUUGGGCUUUCAACUCAGUUCCCAGUCAUCAGGAUCUCAUGCCCAGCUCACCGUGGACUUGCCAGUCAACAUAUUACAGGAACCACCAGCGUCUAAUGAGGAUGAUGCAGGGUCUGACAAUUCUCAGUUUACUGGAAGCACAAUAAACCUUCAAGAUCUAGAAUAACCUGUUUCUCCUUUAGAGGUAGACAUAGAUAGCAUCUACAAAGUGUUUUGGUACUAAUGAGGUCAUUUUGACUUUUUAAUUGUAUAAUUGCACAUUUUUGUUCAAAUUUUUUGUAUUAUAAUCAAGUAAGAAUGAUUAUUUGACAUUUAAUGUGAAUGCUUACUCAGUCUCUCACAGUGCAAUUUAGUAAGUAAAUGUGUUUGCUAUGUUGUACUUUAAGUAAAUUCCAUUCCGUUUCAGUCAUUAAUGCCUUAUUGAUGAGACUAAAGGGGUUACAGAUACUCGUUAGUUUCAUUUAUUAAUUUAAUUUUUUAUGUGCUCAAUGUCAACCUUGCUAUAAAUCCAUUGAGAAAAUGUCUUUUUGUAUAUUUUCACACAAAACGUUUGAAUUGCUAAUAAUAAUUUUUAUAUAUUGCAUAUGUUAUUUAUU